AUGUCUUCCGUGUCUGUGUCAGCCAAGCCAGGUACGGUAGUCCUGGCGGUUGCUAUCACUGCGGUCGCGCUUGUGAUAGCAGUGCAAAUAUACGAGCGGAUAAGACUGGACCAAAAGUACAAGUUCCCUGGCCGCAUACCUGGCAUUCCUAUCUUUGGAAAUUCUUUCCAAAUCCCUGCCAUACAGCAAGGACCAUGGGCGAAGGAAAAAGCAGAACAAUACGGCGAGAUGUUUACCUGCAAGUUUGGAGGUUCGACUUGGGUGUUCCUCAAUUCCUCGCGAACAGUACAUGAUCUGCUAGAGCGUCGCGCGGCAAUCUACAGCUCUCGGCCGGACUUUCCCAUGACCCAAGACAUUAUAUCUCGGGGAUCCCGCAUAGUCCUGAUGCCGUACAAUGGCCAAUGGCGGACCCUCAGGAAGAUCAUGCACAAUGUCCUGAUGGCACGUCAAGAAGACGUCUUUAAGCCUUUUCAAGACUUGGAAUCGAAGCAUCUCUUGUGGGACUAUCUGGAGAAACCGGAAAGAUGGUGGUCGGCUAAUGCUCGAUACGCAAGCUCUGUUAUCAUGAGUGUCGUGUUCGGUCGGCGAACUGUACUGGGUGAUCCCGAGGUUGAAGAGCUCUUUGAGACGAUUGAGCUAUUCCUGGAGAACCAGCAGCCUGGUGUAAAUCUCGUCGACGGUUUCCCCAUUUUCAAGAAGCUCCCCCAGUUCUUGCAGUGGUGGCGUCCACGUGGUGAUGCAAUCUUUCGCAAGACGUACAAGGUUUAUGAGAGACAACUUGCAAAGACGAAAGCGAAACUUCAAGACGGAACGCAACGCCAAUGCUUCGCCACCGAUUUUAUCAAGAGCGAGGAAUACCGUAACAUGUCACAAAAACAGCAGCUCUUCACCUUUGGCUCCCUCAUGGAAGCUGGCAGCGACACUUCACGUGUUAGCAUUGGUCAAAUCAUAGCUGCGGCGGCCACAUAUCCCGACUGGGUCGUUAAAGCGCGCGAGCACCUCGACAAAGUUUGUGGGGCCAAUGCAGAGCGUCUUCCAGAGUGGAACGAUAUGCAAGAUCUAAAGUACAUAUCUGCCGUGGUCAAGGAAGGAUUCCGAUGGAGGCCGAACAUCGCAGAGAUAGGCGCCCCUCAUAUGCUGACCAGAGAUGAUGAAUACGAAGGCUACAAAUUUCCAGCUGGGACGGUCUUCACGUGGAAUGCAUGGGCGAUUGCACUGAACGAGAAAGAAUACAAGGACCCGGAGCGCUUUUACCCCGAAAGAUUCUUGGACGAUGACGUCGAGAACGUCCUAAAGGGACAUUGGAGCUUCGGGCCAGGUCGCAGAGUAUGUGCUGGUUGGAAGGUUGGCGAGAUGAACGUGUGGAUUGCGGCCGCGCGGUUGCUGUACUGCUUCGACUUUGAGCAGAUUCCAGGGCAGAGUAUCGACACCAUGGCUAUUCCACAAAUUACGAAGAACAAGGCACCAUUCAGUGUCAAAGUCAUCUAUUGA